UUCUAGCGCUGCGCGACGGCGAGUUUCCGCUGUGACGCUCGUGUGUGCAACAUGUAUUUGUGUCCCCUCGGCUCCGUUGAAAGUCAUGGCAGGUCCUGAUCCGUUAAAAACUCUUCUGUACACUGUCAAUAAUCUGCUGCAGCAGGAGAAGUAUAAAGCGGCUUUGGCAGUGCUGAAAGGAUUCAGAAAUGGCGCCGUAUAUGGGGCCAAAAUCAGAGCACCACAUGCCUUGGUGAUGACAUUUCUAUUCAGAAGUGGCAGUCUGAAGGACAAGCUCAGAGCCAUUUUAAAGGCCACAUACACCCACUCUCGCAACCUGGCGUGCUUUGUGUUCACAUACAAAGGACUGCAAGCCGUACAGGAGAGGAUCCAGGGGAAGAGUUUGCAGUCUCACUCCUUUCUGGCCGCCUGUGUCGGAGGAUGGUUGGUGUUUGGAGAUAACAACAACAUCAAUAGUCAGAUCAACAUGUACCUGCUGUCCAGGAUCCUGUUUGCGCUGUCUCGGCUGGCUGUGGAGAAGGGAUUUAUCGCCCAGCCUAAACGCGACCCUUUCCCACUGUUCGCCACGCUGGUGUGGGGCAUUGUGUUGUGGCUGUUUGAGUAUUACCCACACACCCUCCAGCCCUCCCUGCAGUCCUCAAUGAACUACCUCUACCAUGACAGCAAUGUGUGGCAUGACAUCUCAGACUUCCUCGUCUACAAUAAGCCACGGACUGCUGCUCAGAAUUGAAGCUUUUGUCCCUAUGGACCAUGUCUGUACAAUACAAUGAGUAUUACGAUUAUUUUUUUAAUGUAUUCAUAUUGGGGCUGCACAGUGGCCCAGUGGCUAGCACUGCUGCCUCACAGCUAGAAGAUCGCCGGUUCGCGUCCCUUUUGGGACGCCUGGGAUCUUUCUGUGUGGA